AAUAAAAACCCUAGCACCCUUAAAUCUCAACCUAUAUAUAUAUAUACACAGUGCACAAAACCCUAACCCCUCCCAAAGCUUCAUUUCAGCGCUGCCUCUUCUUCAAGGUUUUAGAGUGAAUCAGAGCGCUGUGACAAUGUCUACCGGUGAGCUCGCUUGCACCUACGCCUCUUUGCUUCUCCAUGACGAUGGAAUCGCAAUCACUUCCGAGAAGAUUGCUACAUUGGUGAAAGCGGCCGGAGUUUCAGUGGAGUCAUACUGGCCUAGCCUGUUUGCAAAGCUUGCUGAGAAGAGGAGCAUUGAUGACCUUAUUCUGAAUGCUGGUUCUGGUGGUGCUGCUGCUCCAGUCGCUGUUUCUGCCCCUGCUGGCGGUGCUGGUGGUGCCGUUGCUGCAGCUGCCCCUGCUGUUGAGGAAAAGAAGGAAGAGGUACAGGAAGAGAGCGAUGAUGGUGACUUGGGAUUCGGUUUAUUUGAUUAGGUUUUUCCUACCAGUUUGUCUUCUUUUAUUGCUAGGCAGGUUAGGAGUGAGAGUGGCCACACAGUUUAAUUUUUGCCUGGUUUUUGAUAAAUUAUAUGAAAUCGCUCUAUGUUGACAUGGCUAUUUAAUACGUUAAAGUUAUAAUUCACAGCUAGCUGGAAUAUAUCUAUUUUGUUAA